UAGAAAUUUUCCUUCAACUAAAAAAUAAAAAAGGAUCCCUCCUCUCUCUCGAGCACGAUUUCGCUCGUCUUCUCCGAUUCGCUGUUCAAUCGGUGUCUAGGGUCUUCCUUGGAUCUCGAAUCGGAUCUGUACAAGGCAUGGACGCUCGCAAGAGAGGACGGCCUGAAGCAGGCUCCUACAACUCCAAUGGCGGAUUCAAGAGGUCGAGGCAAGAGAUGGAAUCAUAUUCAACUGGUUUAGGAAGCAAAUCGAAGCCAUGCACAAAAUUUUUCAGCACUUCUGGAUGCCCUUUUGGUGAGAACUGCCACUUCUUGCACUAUGUGCCCGGUGGGUACAAUGCCAUAGCACAUAUGACAAAUCUCGGUCCGCCACUUCCGCAAGCCUCUAGAAACAUGCCGGGAUCUGGUCCAGGCCGAUAUUCCGGGAGAACAGAGCAUGCCCCACCAGGCCCAGUCUCAAGCUUUGGUGCCUCUGCCACCGCAAAAAUCAGUGUGGAUGCCUCAUUAGCCGGUGCCAUAAUAGGGAAAGGCGGGAUCAAUUCCAAACAGAUAUGCCGCCAGACAGGGGCAAAGCUGUCGAUUCAGGAACAUGAGAGAGACCCGAACCUGAAGAACAUAGAGCUGGAAGGGACAUUCGAGCAGAUAAAGGAAGCGAGUGCGAUGGUGAGAGAGCUCAUAGUGAGGCUGGGAGCGGCGGCAAGGAAACACAUGGGUGGGAGUUCCGAAGGGAAACCGCAUCCAGGAAGCAGCUACAAGACAAAGAUGUGCGAGAGAUUCGCCAAAGGGAACUGUACUUUUGGGGAUAGAUGUCACUUUGCUCACGGUGAAGCCGAGCUCCGGAAAUCAGGAGUGGCUUAAGUAAGUUAUGCCUCUGGGUUUGUACUGACCUGAAAGUGCCGGCAAUACAAAUCUAGACUCUGUUUUCAGGUGAUGGAUCAUAUGAGAAAUUUGAGUUAAAGCACUACUGUCCUUUUGUAAGUUUUGAUGGGUUUUUUUUUUUUGGCCAAAUGCAAAUUGAUUUUGAACUUUGGCCGGACGAACUGUGGCAGUGUUCCAAAAUCAAAGCUUUAGAAUGUAUUUUUCUGAUAGGUUGGAUGUGCCUAA